UUAAAAUGCAGGAUUUUGACCAAAAAACAAAAAACGGACCCUGUGAGCCACCCUAGCUGUGCCUACCUCCAGUUUAUCAGGUAAUGUGGCACUGUGACCCAUCUGAUGAUCUAGCCAGAACACUGAGAGUGGUCAUCAGAUCCCCCCUAGGUGUAUAAGCAGCUUCCUCUCCCCCAGCAGUGUCUCUCCCUCCCUCCAGUCGUCCCCAUGCACGUUGUGUAGGCACACUGCAGAAACCACAAUCUUUCCGUGCCCACUGAGCAAUAUUCAUUUUCCUAUUUUAUAUUUGCCUGGUUUUUUUUUUUAUUGUUAUAUGUCCUUGUAUAGAGGAUCUUAGAUGGUCAGAGUAUAGUCUGCUCCUGUACUGUACUGCAUUCCUGCCACACUUCGGAUGUAACAUCUGGAAGUUUAUCUCACCUCUGGGAUACAAUGUUUUAUUGCUGUUACUGCUUUUUCAAUGAAGAUGUUUUAUUUGGACAACAGCUUAAGGAGUCAGUUUCAGAUCUGCAUCCAUCCAGUGUGUGAUUUUAAUUGACAUCGUCUACUUGGAGCUGGCUUGCUAGUAACAUGCUUUUGGAGAAGUGUCAGAGGGGUUUAGUGUUUUGGUUCUACCUAUGGAUUUUUCUUUUUUUGACUCUCUUCAGAGGUUCCCAUCAAGGUGAAUACCAGAGGAAACUUUACAGAGAUCUUCUAAGGAAUUACAAUCGUCUGGAAAGACCUGUGGUGAAUGAUUCACAGCCAUUACUUGUAGAGCUACAACUUUCCCUUCUUCAAAUAAUUGAUGUGGAUGAAAAGAACCAAGUUUUGAUUACAAAUGCAUGGCUUCAGAUUUACUGGAAUGACUUCUACUUGACAUGGGAUCAGUCAGAAUUUCCUGGCGUACAAACCCUACGAUUUCCUUCUGAUCAAGUAUGGGUUCCUGAUAUACUGUUAUACAACAGUGCAGAUGAAAGGUUUGAUGCAACUUUUCACACUAAUGUCUUGGUGAAUUCCUCUGGUGCCUGUCAGUAUAUUCCUCCAGGUAUUUUGAAGAGCACAUGCUAUAUCGAUGUACGAUGGUUUCCUUUUGAUAUACAAAAAUGCAAAUUAAAAUUUGGAUCUUGGACACAUAACGGCUGGCUGCUUGAUCUACAAAUGCUAGAAGCGGACAUAUCAAAUUACAUUUCUAAUGGAGAAUGGGAUUUAGUAGAUGUACCAGGAAAAAGAAAUGAGUUGUACUAUGAAUGUUGUAAGGAGCCAUACCCUGAUGUAACUUACACAGUCACCAUGCGCAGACGUACAUUAUACUAUGGAUUAAAUUUAUUGAUACCCUGUGUGAUCAUAUCUGGUUUGGCAUUGCUAGUGUUCCUCCUCCCUGCAGAUUCUGGAGAGAAGAUAUCUCUAGGCAUUACCGUCCUCUUGUCAUUGACAGUCUUCAUGCUACUCGUGGCAGAAAUUAUGCCUGCAACAUCAGAUUCUGUACCUCUGAUCGCUCAGUAUUUUGCAAGCAUCAUGGUGAUUGUGGGGCUCUCUGUGGUGGUGACAGUGCUGGUGCUGCAGUUUCACCAUCAUGACCCGCAAGCAGGAAAAAUGCCUAAGUGGGUGCGAAUUAUCUUGCUGAACUGGUGCGCAUGGUUUUUAAGGAUGAGAAAACCUGGGGAAAAGAAAAGACCUAUUCCCUGUAAGUAUAUAUACCCCAACCAUCACUCAAGUAUUAGCAGCAUUGAAAUGAACAUUGUACCAGGACACCAAUCCACCAAUGGCAACACCCUAUACUGUGGCUACCACACUCUGGAAAGUCCUUGCUAUCCACCUAACAGUGAUUCGGGAGUUAUGUGCGGACGAGUAACGUGUCCUUCUCUGGAAGACAGUGAUCUCGUCCAGAAGAAAUGCACAAGAGAGUGCAUGCCAGAAAUUGCCAAGAUCUUGGAGGAAGUGCAGUACAUAGCCCGGCGCUUCAGGGAUCAGGAUGAAGGAGAAGAGAUCUGCAGUGAAUGGAAGUUUGCUGCUGCAGUCAUUGACCGCUUGUGUCUUGUCGCGUUUUCACUGUUUGCCAUUAUCUGUACAAUCACUAUCUUGAUGUCAGCACCGAACUUUGUAGAAGCAGUUUCCAAGGACUUCACAUAAGGGAAAAGGCAAUCCCUUGUGCUAUUAGGGAAAAAAAGUCAUUUUAAUGAAUUUAAAUGUUAUUUCUUGUUAUGUCUUCUAACUGUAUUACAAUGGAUAAUAACUGUGUGUUGAUGACAAAAACCUGGAGAAACUUCCAUCUAAAGAAAAUGACUUCAAAAGUUGUCUAAAACAUAUAGCAAAUAUUUGUACAUGGUUUACUAUGGUUGGUAUUAGCAGUUAGCAAAGUUACUGUUUGGCAAUUCAUAGCAAUAUGGUUGGUUUAGAGGAAACUGAAUAAAUGUAAAGAUCCACUAAGAAAAAGUUUGUUUUGAAUUAACCAAUAAGAAUGUAGAGGAUGUUCCAUGGUUGUGAACCGUAAGCUUACAGGCCCUGUGCCGCGUGUUUAUUCCUGCUCUCAGCAGCCGGGUUCUUCCUACUCUUUGUCUCACGUCUGCAGCAACUUUGUCGCCCUCGUCUGUACUUGUUCUCCUUUUGUGUGUACUUGUAUUUUGUAUGUUUUGUAACUGUCCAGCACUGUGGAGUUCUGUGGCUCCAUGCAAAUAAAACAAUACUGAUGAUGAUGAUUGCCAAAUCACAA